AUGCAUCGCCGACUGUGGCUCUGGCAGGCGCUGCUGCGGGCCGCGCUGACGGCCGCCGCAGCAUGGCCCAAUGCCUCGGGCACGAAUGACCCCUUAUCGUCCGGAUCUCCCGACACGGCCGCAUUGACGACACCUGGACCCUCGACCUCCGCCUUCCCGUGGACCGGCACCGACAGCAGCCUCGUUCGCGACGUGCAGGCCUGCGAGUCUGCGAAGCGCGCCUGGUACACGUCGUCGUCCGACUGGUACUGGGCCUCGCACUCGUCGUAUUCCUACACGUCCGUCACCACCUACGACACCGUCUGGCUGGGCAACUACACCGGCCCGCUGUCGACCUUCUGCGAUGGCGUGCCGCGCGCCUCGGGCCCCGCGCCCACGACGACGACGCUGGGCCAGAUCUACGUGAACUCGCUGCCGCCCCCGUUUCCCGCCCCGUCGCCGACGUGCACCUUCAACUACCGCGGCUGCGAGCUGGUCGUCGAGUCGUACCGGUCCUGGUACGCCACGUCGCACCCCGCCACGGUCGAUCCGCCCGCGCCGCCGCUGUGCGAAUGGGGCCCGGACGAGUGCAUCAUCCCGUACGGCGAGGACCACUGCCGCCUGGACGCGGGCGAGGUGAAGCUCAUCUUCUGGCCGCACUCCAAGGACCCCGCCGACCUCUGCGCCACCAACGGCGCGCCCGUGACGGCCGCGCCCUCGCCCACGACGCCCGUCCUCGCCACGUCCGGCGACUACACCUUCACCUCGCCGACCGUCUACCUCUCGUUCAAGCAGCUGCAGGGCCUGCCGUGCUACAAGACGUGGAGCGACGCCAUCGUGCCCGUGCCGUCGACGGCCAUCUCCAGCCUCGUCUUCGGCCAGACGGACCCAAUCGAGCGCACCACGUCGAUGAAUUGGCAGGACAUGAACUCGCCCGUGCCGCUGAGCGCGUACAAGGCGCAGCAGAGCUGCUGGGACAACUGGCUGGGCGUGCGCGGCACCGCGGCCGGCGGCGACGGCUGCAACACCAUCUACGACGACUACCUGCCGUGGCUGGCGCUGCCCACGAACCCCGCCUUCUUCACCGCCAUCGACCCGCUCUUCGGGAACUGCACCAGCCUGUUCUGGCGCAAGUACGUCUUCGACCCGCCCUACUUCCUCACCCCCGUCGGCGACCUGCUGCCGCCGACGCCGACGGCGAAGACGACGGACCACACGGCCCUGUCGGCCCAGCAGCCCUCGGCCACGGCCAUGGUCACCAUCCCCGUGAAGACGACCAUCGCCCAGCCGCGCUACGGCGCCGGCCCCAUCGCCACCGUGGGCUCGCAGACGGUCUCGGCCGACCCGCACAACCCGCACAACAUCGUCAUCGCCGGCGAGACCAUGGUGCCCGGCCAGAUCAGCGCCAUUGGCACCGCCCCCAUCAUCGUGCGCACCGGCGAGGUCGUCAUCGGCUCGUCGACCAUCGCCCUGCCCAUCUCCGACUCCGCCCAGCCCGUCGCCACCGUCGCCUCGCAGGUCAUCGCCGCCGACGGCCAGAACUUCAUCCUGCCCGGCGGCAAGACGCUGACCCCCGGCCAGGUCACCGUCAUCAACCGCGUCACCGUCUCGGUCGCCUCGUCGGCCCUGGUCGUCGGCGGCGGCUCGACCGUCUCUCUGCCCGACGGCGACCGCCCCGUCGCGACCUUCGGCUCGCAGGUCAUCUCGGCCGACGGCCAGAACUUCCUGCUGCCGGGCGGGAAGACGCUGACCCCCGGCCAGGUCACCGUCAUCGACGGCGCCACCAUCUCGGCCGCCUCUUCGGCCCUCGUGGUCGGCGGCAGCUCGACCAUCUCGCUUCCAGGCGUGGGCGCCGUGCUCAGCGUCGGCUCGCACACCAUCACCGCCCAGCAAGCCACCCCGGGCCUGCUCGUCAUCGGAACCCAGACCAUCUCGGCCGGCGGAUCCGCCGCCACCGUGUCCGGCGUGACCAUCAGUGCCGUGGGCAAGUCGUCGGUCGUCGCCGUCGUCGACGGCACCACGACGACGGCUGCCAUUUCGUCCUUCGCGACGCGUUCGUCUGGAGAUCUGGACGCAACGACGAGCGUGCCUGGCCUGGGCUGGGCGACGGAGCAGCCGACGAGCGAGGCGACGACGUCAACCAAGUCCGCCGCCGCAGCCUUGCGUCGUGCAGGACGCCUUUGGACGACGGCCGUCAGCCUCGCCCUGAUGGUUGUUUUGGCUCGAUGA